UUUACAAGUCAGGCCAACCUGACAGGGAUUUCAGACCUACCGUUGUAUGUAUCCAAAGCAGUGCAUAGAGCCUUAAUCGAGGUUGAUGAAAAGGGAACGAUUGCAGCUGCUGCCACGUUUUUCAUCAAAGUGCACUUACAAAGACGGAAUGUGAAGAAACCCAAAAUGUUUAUAGCAGAUCAUCCUUUCUUAUUCAUCCUCACCAAAAAAAAACAACCCUUUCUUCAUUGGGCAAUACGCAUAAAGACGCUACUUGUAUCUAUUGGCGGA